AUGUGGGUAGAAGCUUUCCCUCUCCGGCUAACCACCACCGACGCUGUAGUCAAUCGGCUGGAGAAUGAAGUAUUCGGACGAUACGGGUUCCCAAGGGCGAUAGUUUCCGACAAUGGCCCACAAUUCAUCUCCGUCACCUGGGAUGCCGCAUUCCGACACUGGGGGUGCUACCAUUGGACGACAGCUAGCCCAGUGGAGAGGCGGAACCAGGAAAUUAAGAAAGGAUUACGCAUACACCUCGACGGGGAGGCUUCACAGAUGUGGGACAGGAAACUCCCCAUCAUCCUCUUCACCCCCCGGACGAGAAAAAAUGCCGCCACGGGAACGACGCCGAGCAAUGCCCUGCUUGGAUAUGAACUCCCCAGCCCAGGAGAAUGGCAUGCGACUCAAGCCCCGGCAACUCCCAUCGGCCAAGGUGAAGAACGCGAGGAACGGAUCCGGACAGUCCACCGCAACCAGCACCGCUACCGAUCCAGGUACGCGAACUUCGGACCAACCAGGGUGCAGUUCCAAACAGGGGACGAAGUAAUGGAGAGAUCCCGAGACCUCGCAACGGGAGAAUUUCAGCGAAAAUGGAAAGGGCCAUAUAGAGUAAUCGCCAACGCAGGCACAAACUCAUAUUUCAUCCAGCGAGACAGAGAACAGGUGAAGGUCCAUAUCCAUGACCUACGACCAGCCCCCAAUCGUAGAGAGGCCGCACGGGAACCGCCACCGCCAGAUCGAGGAACACCUCACCCACCACCAAGACCCGCCAUCUCGCCCACACCACCACGCCACAAAAGAACAUCCCGCCACUACAACAUACCGCAACGAAUCCAACCAGCACAGGAAGCUAACAGGGCGCAGCCAGCCACGUCCAACCACCAGCCGCCGAAUCCUUCGAAGCGGGGGGGAACUGUUACCCUUACUCAGUAG